CGGCAACGCUGGCACCACUGUCAAAGCAACCCAGGGCACCCAACGGACAAGGGUGUUGUGUUGUUUGUGAAUGACGUGCCCCGGGCAGCCUGGCCAUAUCGCGAAGCGUUCACUUUAUCGAUGAUGACGACGGCGACGACAAUAACAAUAACAACAACAACAUUCACGUGGGCAGUCUGAAUUUCUGUUGGAAACGUAAGACGAUAUUCCAAAGUUGGGUUCCAAAAGAAGGCCAAAGUGUUCGUCUGUUGAAACCUGGCAGCGUUUUAGUGCAGGGAAUCGCUACUACGUACCCGUCCGUCUGCUUCUAUCCGAACUGUUGACAGCUUCGCAUCUUUUGAUUGAACCCCUCCUUAUGGUAGUGGACUUGACUGCACCAAUUCCGAGUUGCCACUAUUUCAUCCCCAGCAACAACCUACUAUAACAAUCAAGACCAGUCCCGUCCACUCCAUUUAAACACCUAAUCUAUAGUAGCGACCAUAUCUUUCUCAUCAACCAACCAAAUCAAGAAUCAUCAAAAUGGGCCAAACAGAUCUCGAGGUUCUGAUCGACAUGGGUUUCGAGCGCGCCCGCGCCGAGCUCGCCGUCAAGAAGUCCGGUGGCUUGCAAGGAGCCCUCACCUGGCUUGAGGAGAACCAGGACAAGUCCUUGGAGGAGCUACAGGCCAGCGCUGCCUCUGCCGCCACUGCCAAGGCCGACGACGACGAAGAGGAUGAUGGCUCCCCCAUUCCCGAGGGCGCCAAGUCCCUUGUUUGCAACGAUUGCGGCAAGAGGUUCAAGAACGGAGAUCUUGCCGCCUUCCAUGCUUCCAAGACUCAGCACACCGACUUCUCCGAAUCUACCGAAGAAAUUGCUCCUCUAACGGAGGAAGAGAAGAAGCAAAGGCUGGAGGAGCUCCGCCAAAAGCUCGCGGAGAAGCGGGAGAGGCAGGCACUUGUUGACAAGGAGGAGCAGAAGCGCAAUGAGCAAAUCAAGCGCAAGGCUACCAAGGAAUCACAAGACAUGAAGGAGGAGCUGGCGCGUAAAGAGCAAAUGAAGGAGGCUGCCCGCAAGCGUCAAGAGAAGCUCGACGACAUCGAGGCCAAGAAACGCAUCAAGGCCAAGAUCGAAGCCGACAAGGCCGAGAGGAGGCGCAAGGAGGAGGAAGCAAAGGCGCUUCGCGAGGGUAGAGCUCCGGCCGCUCCCUCAACCGCGCCUGCUGCCGCCGCCGCUGCGCCGGCUGCUUCGAAGCCGGCUGCCUCCCACAAUGAGGCUCGUCUGAGGUUGCAAACUGCCAAGGGAAAUGUUAUGAAGACACUGGCUGCGGAUGCCACGCUGUUUGAGCUUGCUCAGCAGUUGGAGUCGGAGAACGGAGUCCCGGUUGCGAGCUUCUCUACGACGUUCCCCCGGAAGACGUGGCAAGCCGGAGUGGACUUUGGCCAGACGCUGAAGGAGGCUGGGUUGGUUCCCAGUGCGGUGCUCAUUGUCAAUUAGGGUGGACGAGUACAUACUUAGUGCUUGGAAGUAAACUGGGGUGGGGGGAACGGCCAUGGUAUGAUCUCAAGCCGAGUUGAAACGCCAGAGCUGGAAAAAGAACGGAUACGUCUAGAAGCUGCUUUACGAAUGAUGAAAAAGAAGUUAAAGUGCCAGUUAAACAA